CGCCAUUUUUUCUUGGGUGAGAGACAAUUGACAUGCUUCUUCCUCUGAAUCUUGGGCUCAAACCCAACUGUAGAACCCUCUUCUCCUCUAUCCAAUUCAUCAGGUUCAUUUCCUUUCGCACUUUAGCACCACCCGCCCUAGAGAAGAAACAAGCGAACGAAGACCACCUUUGCGAAAUAGCAUUAGCAGCAGUGGAAGGGGACGUGGAGGAUGAGGAACCAGAGAAAGGUAACGAACUGAACAUACAACAAGAAGCCGCCCAAAUACCCUCUCCGGCGGAACACAGAUCCUCGAAGACCAAAACCGCUCGAAUUAUCGCUCGACGCAUCAAUAACGAACACUGGUCACUCGACCUCGAAUCCUCUCUGUCGCUUCUCUGCCCCAGUCUCUCCAAGACUUCCGUUCUCCAAACUCUCCAUCUCAUCAGGACCCCUCACAAAGCCGUCCGUUUCUUCAAGUGGGCUCAAGACCAUGGUUUCGCCCACAAUGACCAAACCUACUUCAAGAUGCUCGAGAUUCUCGGCCACAGCCGAAAUCUCAAUGCCGCCCGCAACUUCCUCUUCUCCAUCGAGAAGAGAUCGGGUGGGUCCGUCAAGCUUCAAGACCGAUUCUUCAAUAGCUUGAUCAGGAGCUACGGUCAGGCCGGACUUAUCCAAGAAUCUAUCAAGGUUUUCUCUACCAUGAAAUCUCUUGGUGUCUCCCCCUCCGUCGUCACCUUCAAUAGCCUGCUAUCCGUUCUGCUCCGCCGAGGGAGGACCAACAUGGCCCAGCAGCUGUAUCACGAAAUGCUAUCGGUCCCUGGCGUUUCACCCGAUGUGUGUACCUUUAACAUUCUCAUAAGGGGAUUCUGCCUGAAUUCCAUGUUAGACGAGGGCUUCCGUUUCUUCAAAGAGAUGUCGCGUUUCCGGUGUGACCCUGAUAUUGUAACGUAUAAUACGCUUAUCGACGGAUUGUGUAGGGCUGGGAAGGUUAGAAUCGCCCACAAUCUUCUCAAAGGGUUGCUUGCCAAAAGCCCCGAUUUGUAUCCUAACAUUGUUACCUACACGACCUUGAUCAGAGGAUACUGUGAAAAACAUGCCUUUACCGAGGCUUUGGCUGUCUACGAAGAGAUGCUCGGUCGCGGAAUGAAGCCCAACAGUAUCACCUAUAAUACUCUCAUUCAAGGGUUAUGCGACGCACAAAAGCUCGAGAAGAUCAAGGAAAUUUUGGAAGGGAUGAUUGGGGGUGGUGAAUUUCUCCCAGAUACAUGUACUUUUAAUACGCUGAUGACUGCGCACUGUAAUGCAGGGAAGUUGGACGAGGCAAUGAAAAUGUUCGAGAAAAUGUCGGAACUAAAAAUUCCACCGGAUUCAACGACCUACAGCGUUUUGAUUCGAAGUUUGUGUCAGAGAACAUAUUUUGAUAGGGCAGAAGAGCUCUUCGAUGACCUGUUGGAGAAGGAGAUCCUGGUACGGGACGUUGGGUGUGUGCCUCUGGUUGCUGCUUACAAUCCCAUGUUUGUGAAUUUGUGUGGGAGCGGAAAGACUGCCAAGGCCGAGAAGGUGUUCAGGCAGCUACUGAAAAGAGGUACACAAGAUCCUUCAUCUUUUAAGACGUUGAUAAUGGGGCACUGCAAGGAAGGAACAUUACAAGCAGGGUAUGAUCUCUUGGUCUUGAUGUUGAGGAGAGACUUUGUCCCGGAUUUCCAGACCUACGAUUCUCUGAUUGAGGGGUUCUUGCAUAAGGGGGAAGCAGGUUUUGCUCAAAAGACUUUGGAGAAGAUGUUAAAGAGCUCCCAUCUCCCUAGAACUUCCACCUUCCAUUCUGUACUUGCAGCACUAGUGAAAGAGAGUUGUGUUGGAGAAGUUGCUUCCUUUGUCCUGAUGAUGUUAGAGAGAAACAUUCGACCAACCAUCCAUCUUUUUACAGAUACCACUAUUUUUCUCUUCAAGAACAGGCUCCGUGAUGCUGCUUUCGAGGUUGUUGGAUCUCUAUACGACAAAGGUUACUCGGUAAAGAUGGAGGAAUUGGUGGGUUUUCUUUGUGGAAGUAGUAAAUUCUUAGAUGCUCGAGAACUGCUGCUGUUUAGCUUGGAGAGGCGUCAAGGCGUGGAUAUUGAGAUCUACAGUGCAGUGAUAACUGGUCUUUGUAGAAUUUACAAGGCAUCGGAAGCAUUUGGUCUUUACCAUGCACUGACUGAGAAACAAGGCAAAGCAUGCUUAAGCUGCCUUGGAGAUUUAAAAAUUUGCCUUGAGACUGAAGGAAAAGUAAAAGAAGCUGAGUUUGUACAUAAGAGGAUGCACUGUGAAGAAAAAGGGUAGCUUUUGG